AUGAACCCGUCGGAAACGACUGUGGAGGAGGCUGACCAGCUACAAAGGAGUAAGAAAAAGCUUCGAAAUGAUGGAGGCACUUAUAUCGGAGAGACUUCCAGGAUUCCCAGAGAAGAGGACUGGAUGUAUGAUAAGACCACUUUUGUGGGAGCCAAUGGAAGAAGGAGAACAUAUGCAGACCUGGUAAUCCAUGGCAGCACAGAGAAUAAUGAGGACUUUGAAGACUUGGAUGAGGAAAUGACCAACGAAGGGGAGUCUUCUGAGGAAGAGGAAUCGGGGAUGAUGGAAGAAAUGUUGGAGUGGAGCCAAGCACAGAGAGAGGCUUACAGGAAGGCACGUAAGGAGGAGAGAGCAAUCCCUUCCAUCACUGUGAACCGUUUACAGAAUGGCAUUUUCAACAUCCAGGUAAAUAAAGCUGAGAAGAAAAGACUAGAAAGGCCAUGGAAACACACCUUGAUUAUCAAGCUGCUGGGAAGGAGUAUUUCUUACGGGGUACUUAAGAGAAGGCUCGACACAAUAUGGGCGAAAUCUGGAGGGCUAGACUUGAUUGAUCUAGGAAACGAUUUCUUUGUGGUCAGGCUGUUCAAUGAAGAUGACUACUGGUAUGUUCUGGAAGGAGGACCAUGGAUGCUUUUUGAUCAUUACCUUACUAUCCGCCGAUGGACGCCAGACUUUAAUCCCUUCGGUGUGUCAAUUAAUAAGAUAGCGGCAUGGGUCCGUCUUCCUGACUUGCCCAUUGAGUACUAUGAUAAGAGAUUUCUGGGGACAGUCGGAGACCAGAUAGGAAAAACCCUCAAGUGCGGUAAAUUUGGGCAUGUUAAUGAAGGCUGUAUGCAAGCGGGGCCAUCGACUUCAGCCCAAACGGAGAAGAAGAAUGCACAGGUAGGAGCUCAGGCGGGACAGGAGGAAUCAGGGAGGAAGGAGGUUGAUAAGGGCAAAAAUGUCAUUAAUGAGAAUCCUAAUUUUGGUGCAUGGAUGAUAGUACAAAAGCAAAAAAGGACAAGAAAAUAUGCUGCCAAGGAGAGUGGAGAUAGUGGCCAUAAGGAUCGUGGGGAGAAGAAUAAUAUGGAAAAGAUGGCGAAUACGACAAGAUACGAGGUUCUGGCACAAGGCACAGAUUAUGAGCAGGCCAGAUGCGACAAUGAGAAAGGUCCUCGUCAGCAAGUGUCCUCAUGCAACGUGAUCCCAAACGGCGCACCAAAAGAGUUUCUUAAUGGGAGUCAAAUGAGGAAAACUAAAGCGUCCACGGAAAGAACAUUUGUGGAGCCAAUUCCCUUGGCCUAA